AUGAUUUGAUAUCUUGAUAAUUAUAUAUCUUGCGAUAAAGAUGUUGAAGUGCUUUGUAAGCUUAUAUCGCUAUUGUAUAUAUGUACUUCAUAAUGGAUGACAGUGCUGUUGAAAUACAGAGAGUAUUCGUGACACCUUAAUCUUGGCAGUGAACGAAGAAUUUGUUCCUUCAGACGCAACAUUAGUAUUUUCAGAAAAAGACGAAAUUGCUGUUAUUCCGCCACUUAGUGGAGGUUAGAAUGGAUACUGUAAAGGAUAUUGUAAAGUUACAACAAGAAGAAUUAAAUAUUGGAUACAUAAAUGACUUAGUCACAGCUCCUAAUUGUGGAGCCAUAUCGAACUUUAUCGGCAUUACUCGUGAUAAUUUUGAUAAUAAGAAGGUUUUAAAAUUGGAGUAUGAAGCAUAUGAACCAAUGGCAAUAAAAGAAAUGAAUAAUAUAUGUUCAAAAAUUCGUGCACAAUGGAAUGUUCAUCAUAUAGCUAUAUAUCAUCGUUUAGGAGAAGUACCAGUAUCCAAAGCAAGUGUAGUAAUUGCUAUUUCUGCUCCUCAUAGAGAAGAAUCAUUAAAAGCUGUUGAAUAUGCUAUUAAUGCACUUAAAGCAUCGGUUCCAAUUUGGAAAAAAGAAAUAUAUGAUACACUAGAAUCUCAGUGGAAAGAAAAUAAGGAGUGUGCCUGGUUUAAUAUAACAAAUGAGACAGUAGAAACUAUAGUAGAAUAUGAAGAUAUGGAAACAGGAAAUGAAGAAGAAGUAGAAGAAGAAGAAGAAGAAGAAGAGGAAGAAGAAGAAGAAGAGGAAGAAGAAGAAGAAGAAGAAUGUAAAGUAGUAAUUGAUCCAAAUCUUGUUCAAAUUCGAGCAACAUCGGAUGAGUUAAAUCAUAGAAUAUCAUCUUUCAUUGAAAGAAAACGUCAACAAGUAAACAUCGUGAAUGUACAAGAAUUUUGUUGUCACAGAGAUCAAAAUGAUGAAAAUGAAGAUUCAUGUGCAAGAGUAGAUGCCAUUCUUAUUAGGAGAAAAGAUUCUAAAAGCCAUGUUAAAGUACAUAGAGUAUUGAAUGCAUGGGGACCUCAAACAGUUGAUCAACACACUUUGCAUAAAGCUACCAUGUCAGGAUCUGUUCAACCAAAUAAUAAUUAUUCGUCUGUAUUAGAUGAAAGAAUUUCUACUACAGAAAGAAUUCUUGGAAUAAAUCGACCUGUUCCAAAAGAUGUGUAUGAAAGACUAAAAAAUAUUGAAGAUCGGAUAUUGUAUUUAGAAGGCAUAUCUCCUGAAUAUAAGGAUUUAUGGAAAACAGAAGACAUAAACAGCCUUAAAGGAACAUUUAAACCAGUUAGGAAAAGAACAUAUUCCAUGGCAGAACUUGAUUCAAAACUGCAUGAAUUAGAAGAUAAAUACGCUAAAAGAGCGAAAUAAUUAUUUAUAACAAUUAUAAAAG